AGUUGAGAUCUGCAUUUCAGAGAAGAAAGUUUUUAAUUUGGAAAACUUUUUCCAAGUGACAAACCAAGAAAAAUCCAAAAGAAACAAUGAACCAAGUGAUUUUGUGUGUGUUGGUGGCCGUUUUGGCGCCACAAGUUUUGACAGUGUCGUUCUGCCCGAAUAAGUGCGUUUGUGACGAUGUUAAGCUGCACGUGACUUGCAGCGAGGGUGAACUGGAUGUGUUGCCGAUCGCGUUGAAUCCCGCCAUCCAGCGGCUGGUGAUCAAGUUCAAUCGGAUUAAGGCGAUCGAUUCGUCGAUCCAGUUCUACACGGAUCUGACGAUGUUGGAUCUAAGCUACAAUCAUUUGUUGGGAGUUCCGGAGCGGAUUUUCCUUUAUCAGAAGCGCUUGCUUCAGUUACAUUUGAACAACAACAAAAUUGGAUCGAUCAACAACAAGACCUUCCAUGGGUUGGAAGAGCUGCGUGUCUUGAAUCUGCGGGGAAACUUCCUGAACGAACUGACCUUUGGAAUGUUCAAGUCGCUUCCUAAGUUGGAGGAACUUAAUUUGGCUGGAAACCGCAUCGAGAAUUUACAUCCGGAAACUUUCGAAGGAAUGACCAGCUUGAGGAUCUUGUAUUUGAACGAUAACUCGAUCAAUGUAAUACCGACUCCAUCUUUCCGGCCGCUGAAGAUGUUGGCGGAACUUUUCCUGGGAACGAAUGCCUUGAACCAGAUUCAACCGGGAGCUUUCGAAGGACUUAGUCAGCUGCGUCGUCUGGAUGUUCGAGGAUCGAUGCUAACGAAUGUAACCUUUGAUACCUUUCGUGGGCUGGAGAGUAUUCGUUCGUUAGACAUUUCGGAUAAUCAUCUGCUGAAGGUUCCCACGGUUCAGCUGAGCGGGCUGAAGCGUUUGGAGGAGCUGAAAAUCGGUCAGAAUGAUUUUGAGAUUAUCCCGGAAGGCGCAUUCUUCGGAUUGUCCAACUUGAGGAAGAUCGAUAUCUCUGGAGCUUUGAAUUUACGCCGCAUUCAAGCUGGAGCUUUCUCUGCCAACACCAAUCUGGAAACGAUCGUGAUCACUUCCAACAAAAUUUUGUCCGACAUCGAAGAAGGUGCUUUCUCCGGACUGCCUCAUGUGGAGAAUGUUGUGUUGCGAGAUAAUGCCAUUCGAAGUGUCCGCGAAGAACUUUUACCGUGGAAGCAGCUGAAAAGCUUUGAUCUUUCCGAGAACCCAUUGAUCUGCAACUGUCACCUGCAGUGGCUGCACAAUCUUUUACGUCAAAAGCCCAUGGAAUCGGAGCAGAGCCAGAUCAUUUGUGAGUUCCCAGAACGCCUUAAUGGAGAAGCCCUACGUGAAGUGAAUCCGGAAUUACUAGGAUGUCAUCAGCGUCACCAAUCCAAAGAUCGUGCCGUUGUUGGAGCAGUCCUGGUAGCUUCUGCAGCUUCCCUAACCAGCUUCAUCUUGGUUAUGUAUCGUCUUCGUCAUCGUCUGGUUGACAUGUUGGGUCCAAACUGGCACAACAAACGCAACGCCCUGAAGGAGGACAAGGAGUUUGAGUUCAGCAAGUGCUUCGAAGAGAUCGAGUACCAUCAACCGAACUUCAACAUCUACAGCUAUCAUCAUUAUCAGCACAGCUUCCCGCAACAACCUCUGCCACCUCUACCGUGUCCCCAGCAGCAAAAUUUCGCCCACCACAUCUACGAAACUCCAAUCCCAGUUUCGGACCUUUGAGCUUCCGGAACCAACCUUCUAGGGACUCUCCGUGGUCCAAGUGAAGCUGAUUAACGGGCACGCAAGGCCGCACGCGUGCUAACCCUCCGAGCACUCUUUCGGGACGUCGAAUUGCAUGCUUGACAACGUCGCAACGCCACCACUCGGUGGCAUCGUUUCUUCUCCACCGCAGGAGAAGCUUCUGCAUGUCAUAGAAGCUGUAGUUUGUGCAUUUGUCGGUAGGAUCAACCCCAAAUUGCCCCCGGAUCAAACCGGGCUGAAACAAAAGUGAAACACGACAAAAAAAAAAAACAGAACAAAUAAAUGAGUUCAUUAAUUUAGUUUAAAAACAA